ACAGCUUCCCCACACCGGCCCGCCCGCCCGCAUCCCCGGCUCCCCAUGGCGCUCAAGCGGAUACAGAAGGUUAAUUGCCAUUCUUCUCUCAUCUCCAAAGAACUGCACACCAGUAAACAGGAGCUAAGUGAUCUGCAGCGUGACCCACCUGCACACUGUUCAGCAGGACCUGUUGGAGAUGACUUGUUCCAUUGGCAAGCAACUAUUAUGGGACCUCCUGACAGUGCAUAUCAAGGGGGAGUCUUUUUUCUCACAGUACAUUUUCCAACAGACUACCCAUUCAAACCACCAAAGAUUGCAUUCACAACAAAAAUAUAUCAUCCAAACAUAAAUAGUAAUGGGAGUAUUUGUCUUGAUAUCCUGAGGUCACAAUGGUCACCUGCUCUGACUGUUUCUAAAGUUCUUUUGUCCAUAUGCUCUUUACUUUGUGAUCCUAAUCCAGACGACCCUUUAGUACCAGAUAUUGCACAAAUCUACAAGUCAGACAAGGAAAAAUACAACAGACACGCAAGAGAAUGGACACAGAAAUAUGCAAUGUAAACUUUGAAAACUUUUUCAUAUAUACCAGAGUACUGUAAAUUCUAGGGUUUUUUCAAAUUAGAAGUAAAUGGAGCACAGUUUACUGUUUUCAGUGUACCAUGAAGCCCUUUUUGAUUUUCACCCACAUAAAUGUGUUUCUGGAAAAAGGAAUUAACUACAAAAAUUAACCUGAAGACUGUGAUGAGAGUAUUUAUCCUUUUUGUAUGCUUUGCAAAAGACAUUUAUUAUGUUUUUUAAAGAUACGUGGACAUCUGCAUCUCCAGCCUACAAGAUCCAUAAUGCAAUUGUAGAGCAACCAAAAUUAUUUUUUCUGAAAACCUAGGUGUUACAUGAGAUAUUCUAUGUGUCUUUGAGAUGUCAAACCUGUAAGUCUGUGUUUGAAUUUCAUACUUUGUUAGUUUAUUGUAUAAUUUGUAUUUUUUUACUGUAUAGACUAUAUUUUAUUUACCAUGCAAGUCAACUCAUUUUAGAUUUUCUGCACAGUAUUGAAAAAUACAACUACUGUUAAAUAACUGAAGCAUUCCCACCCAGAGGAAUGCUCUAUAAACUGGUAACUUCUUAAAAGAAACUUUGCACUCUAAUUUUCAGUAUAUUCAUUAUGGGGAAACACAUGAUUUUGAUUCUGUUGCAUACUGUUAUUGCAAUGUGAAUUAAUUGCACUGCUCUGUAGAAAAAAAUGUAACUAGUUUUGUUCUAUUCACAGCUGACUUUUUAUCCCGUAUAGGCAAUAUAAUCUCUGACCUUUUAACAAAAUUGACUUGAAGCUUUUCCAUAUAAAUAAAACAUGUUUUUUACUCCUUGUCUUGGCUGUUCUUUAAGUCUUGCACAAUCUUUACAUGUGCUUGCUCAAAAAAAGAUCAAAAUACUGUUAAAUGUGUGAAUUACUAGUGGGAGGAGAUGGCCUAUAUAUUUCAAAUUGCUAUUAACUCUUGAGUAUAUUAUGCCGUACUAUCUCCAAGCUUACAUAAUAAUCCUGAAACAAACGAUCACAGUAGCUUUUCCCUGUGCCUAUGUAUAACAAUAUUUUGAUCUGAUAAUUUCACAUACAAUGCUAAUGCUUUUCAACAAUUACAUACGUACUUCAGCAUGCAUGGUUGGAGAAAAAUAGCCUCACAUUCUUUAUAAAAGCAUUUUACUUUUGGAAGAAUACAUUGUUUCGGGGUACAUAAUCCUUGCAUUUUAGUUUGUGGCUACAGUAAUUCUAAUUAAACACAAGUUGCUUGUCUAGGACGUCUGCUGCCAUAGACACUACUUGAUCCCUUCUGGAGAAGGGAAUAUAGGCCUAGUGCUUUGCUUCAAAAGGAACAAUAAUAACUGGAAUAUAUAGACAUGUGACAAGCAUUCCAGAAGCUAUUUUUAUAUUUCUGGGCUUGUAACAAUCUGUUUUAACAUCUUAAAAUUUUGAUAGCCUAGGACAUGCCUGCAUUGGGCAUUUAUUCAUAAAGGUCAUGUUAGACUUCUUUACCUCAAUGUACACAAUCAAAACAUGGAAACUUUGCAAAAGAAGCACUGAAAAGUUCAUUGCCAUUGUAUUUAUGUCAUUGCUUGCUGUGAAAUAGACCAAUCUUUGAAAAUAGCCAAUAAGUGUUUCCUUGUGCUAAAUGAUCACUUCACUAUACUUGAAAAGGGUAAUGCCAUAGCUUGCAAAGCAAAGCAGUUUGCCACAUUUUUUUCAUUAAUACUUUAACUGGUGGUAAAAGAUUCUUAUUGUGUGAUUUCCCAGAUGUUUUUACCCCAUCUGUUUUAGAUGUUUCUGAUAGGUUCAUCCCAGAAUAAUGAAUUUAUAAUCCUUUAAUCUCUGACAAUGGACUCUGUGAAAUUUUGUAGUUUGAUUUGCAUGCCUGUUAAGUGAAAGCAUUUAAUCUUCUGCUUUGCUAAAAGUAUAUGGAGGCUGGUUUGAAACUGUUUAGAUGUUACUAUGCUUUGAAGUAUGCAUCAUACAAAAAGGAAUUUACUUACCAUAAUGCAAGAUCUUCAGGCUGAGCAAAAAGUACAGAUCAGCAAUCCUCUUAAAUUUUACUACGUAGGGCUCUUUGAGAAGUAUGUGAAGCUAUCCUUGUCUCUCUUCAAUGACAUUGAAAACUGUAGUUCAGAGACUGACUUUUACGUAUUGAACUUUCAGAUUAAUCUUAUUAAUAAAAUGGUAACAGAUGUAAGCUGAAAAAUUUCUUUAUUUGAUCUUAUUUUGAAUCACAACUUCAAAUAAUUAAGGACAUUAAGACCUUGCUGUUACAUACUAUACACUUCUUAAUAAAGUUUCUGUUUUGCUCUUUUAAA